AUGGCCUCAGAGAUCUCAGAGGCCAGCUCCCUCUGCUCCGAGAUGUCUGCCAUCAGCUCAUCCACCGAGUCUAUACCUCCUCACACACCUCCUCAAACCUGCACAGACCUCCUCAUACAUCCACACAGGCCUCCUCACACCUCCUCAGACCUCCUCACAGACGACCUCAGACCUCCCCACACCUCCUCACACACCUCCUACUCAGACCUCCAUGCAGACCUCCUCACACACCUCCUCAUAGACCUCACAGACCUCCUCACACAUGUCCUCAGACACCUCCUCUCACACCUCCUCAGACCUCCUCACUCACACACCUCCCUCAGACUUCCUCACACCUCCUCCACACACCUCCUCACUCCUCACACACACCUCUUCACUCACACACCCCCUCACACCUCCUCACUCACACACCUCCUCACGCCUCCUCACUCACACACCUCCUCACGCCUCCUCACUCACACACCUCCUCACGCCUCCUCACUCACACACCUCCUCACGCCUCCUCACUCACACACCUCCUCACGCCUCCUCACUCACACACCUCCUCACUCACACCUCCUCACGCCUCCUCACUCACACACCUCCUCACUCACACCUCCUCACGCCUCCUCACUCACACACCUCCUCCUCACUCACACACCUCACGCCUCCUCACUCACACACCUCACUCACACACCUCCUCACUCACACACCUCACGCCUCCUCACUCACACACACCUCACUCACACACCUCCUCACUCACACACCUCACGCCUCCUCACACACACACCUCACGCCUCCUCACACACACACCUCCUCACUCACACACCUCCUCCUCACGCCUCCUCACUCACACACCUCCUCACUCACACACCUCCUCACGCCUCCUCACUCACACACCUCUUCACUCACACCUCCUCACAGCCUCCUCACUCACACACCUCCUCACUCACACCUCCUCACGCCUCCUCACUCACACACCUCCUCACUCACACACCUCACGCCUCCUCACUCACACACCUCCUCACGCCUCCUCACUCACACACCUCACUCACACACCUCACGCCUCCUCACUCACACACCUCCUCACUCACACACCUCCUCCUCACGCCUCCUCACUCACACACCUCCUCACUCACACACCUCCUCACGCCUCCUCACUCACACACCUCUUCACUCACACCUCCUCACGCCUCCUCACUCACACACCUCCUCACUCACACCUCCUCACGCCUCCUCACUCACACACCUCCUCACUCACACACCUCACGCCUCCUCACUCACACACCUCCUCACGCCUCCUCACUCACACACCUCACUCACACACCUCACGCCUCCUCACUCACACACCUCACGCCUCCUCACUCACACACCUCACACCUCCUCACUCACACACCUCACGCCUCCUCACUCACACACCUCCUCACGCCUCCUCACUCACACACCUCACUCACACACCUCACGCCUCCUCACUCACACACCUCAUGCCUCCUCACGCACACACCUCCUCACUCACACACCUCCUUCUCACGCCUCCUCACUCACACACCUCCUCACUCACACACCUCCUCCUCACGCCUCCUCACUCACACACCUCCUCACUCACACACCUCCUCACUCCUCCUCACUCACACACCUCAGGCUGGACCUCAGGGCCUCAGGCUGGACCCCAGGCUCACACACCUCCUCAGACCUCCUCACACACCUCCUCAAACCUGCACAGACCUCCUCAUACAUCCACACAGGCCUCCUCACACACCUCCUCCUCAGACCUCCAUGCAGACCUCCUCAUAG